UGAUUGCCAUCAUAACUUUGCCACUCCGCGCUUACACUUGUCCAUCGUCGAGCUUGCGCCAUGGACCCGCGAUUCCUUUUCCUUCGAUACCCGGCGCAGGAAGCGCUGCCGCUGCGUACAACAUUUGCGCACACUAAUACCUCGUUUGGAAGCGUGCGCCUCAACUACUGGCCAGCGCGGCGGCCAGCCCCGCCCUCCCGUGUCGUCCUCUUCGUGCCCGGCAACCCCGGCUGCCCCGAGUACUACACGCCUUUCCUGACGAUGCUGCACGCGCGUCUCCCCGACUCCCAUGCCGUUCUUUGCACGUCGCAUGUGGGCGGCGAACCCUCUAUUGCAGCCCCGGAACAGCCCCUCUGUCUGCGGCAGCAGGUCGAUGCGAAAAUUGAGGUCAUCUCGGCCCUACGGGCGAGCCUUGAGGCCUGGCCGCGGGAGAGUGGCGAAGCACCAGAGCUCGUGGUCGCUGCGCACAGCGUCGGGUCUUGGAUGACCUGCGAAGUCGCCAAAGUCGUCGACAUCCCUACAUCUUACCUCCUUUUCCCGACACUCGGCUGGAUCGCAAACUCAUAUCACGGGUGGACAAUGUGGCCACUCUUCCACAGGCCUCUGCGUCCCCUCAUGCCGUGGAUUUCGUACCUCGUCCGGCCGCUCCUCCCUUUUGUUACUCUCCCGGCGGCGAGCUAUGCUCUCGUGUCCUCGCCCACGACUAUCAAGCAUGCGCUGCACCUCGCGCACUCCGAAAUGGCGAUCAUCCGAGAGCCAGACGAGGGGUGGUUCCGCACCCAGAGUGAACUGCCCGCUGGGCGGGGUGCGCACAGUGUCUGGAGCGCCGGCAAUAUGGAUGGCUGGGUAGGCAAGGAGGGGCCUAUGAUCCAGUCGUGGCUUGGGGAGGAGCGCGUUGUCAAGCUUGAAGGCGUGAGACACGCUUUCUGUCUUUGGGAGGAGGAUUAUCGCCAAGUCGCGGACAUACUUGCUGGGUGGAUAGUCGAAGGGACUAAGGCCAGGUUGCUCGACUAGACACGAACUGGACGUGAACGCUUGUAGCAAUAUAACGGUGAUCUAACGACGCUAUGUGAACCGAUCUCUCGCCCAAGGCACGGCCCGAAAUC